AUGGAAGAGUUUGAAGGCGGAUUUCUCCAAAGUUCCCAGAAACAUGAAUACACAGGAGUAAAGACACUCAGAUGUCUCUCUAACAAGCAGAUAAAUAGUAUUAGCACAGACGAUUCAUCAUCGGUACCAAUUGUUGAUCGAUUUGAGGUUUCCAACGUGCAAGUCUGUGGAUAUGUGACAUCCUUCAAGAAGAUUUCAACAGGUUUUAUCUUUGAGGUAGAUGAUACCACAGGCAAGAUUGAGUGUGCCUUUUGGACCAACGGUUCUUUUGAGGAGCUUUCUGCGGAUCAAAUCAAGGAAGGGGCUCUCUUGAAACUGACAGGAUCUAUUAAGAUAUUUGCUAGUAAGAAGACACUGAAUGUAUCCACCAUAUGUACUGUUGACGGAAAUGCAUUGACCUACCAUCUGACCAGUUGUCUGUACCAGCACCUAUUCUUCACAAAUAAGCUUGAGAGGAAAGAUGAAAGACGACCAAGCAUAGGAUUUUCAAAGAUACAGAAUGAUAUCCUGGAGGUAUACAAGAACAACCAAGAUAGCGAGGGGCUGGACAUUGAGGUGGUGGUGGCAAUGCUACGUGACAAGUACAGUGAGAGUGAUAUUAGAAAUACCGUUGAGGGAUUGCUGAGCAACUGUCAUUUGUACUCGGUGGAUGGAACUUGUUACAAGACGACUAUUUAA